AUGCCGUCAGAGUCCAAACCUUUGUUGACAGCUCAAACAGAAAAGCCAAAUCAUUACUCAUAUUUGAAAGAAUUUCGGGUCGAGCAAUGCCCGCUCUUCUUACAACACAAAUGUACACAGCAUCGACCAUUCACCUGUUUUCAUUGGCAUUUUAUGAAUCAGAGGCGACGGCGUCCUGUACGUCGCAGAGAUGGGACAUUUAAUUAUAGUGCCGAUAAUUAUUGCACAAAAUAUGAUGAAACUACUGGCAUUUGUCCCGAUGGAGACGAUUGCCCUUAUUUACAUAGGACUGCUGGUGAUACAGAAAGAAGAUAUCACCUUAGGUAUUAUAAGACAUGUAUGUGUGUCCAUGACACAGAUUCUAGAGGAUAUUGUGUAAAGAAUGGGUUACAUUGUGCUUUUGCACAUGGUAGCCAUGACCAUCGUCCUCCUGUAUAUGACAUUAAAGAAAUACAGGCAUUAGAAGCUGCAGAUGCAGAAGGUAGUGGGUCUGCAAAUGGCCCCAAUGCAUUAGACAAAGAAAGAAAUUUAAUGAAUGAAGAUCCUAAGUGGCAAGAUACGAAUUUUGUACUUUCAAAUUAUAAAACAGAGCCUUGCAAAAGGCCACCUAGGUUAUGCAGGCAAGGAUAUGCCUGUCCUCAAUAUCAUAAUAGUAAAGAUAAAAGAAGAAGUCCUAGAAAAUUUAAAUAUAGAUCAACACCUUGUCCAAAUGUGAAGCAUGGGGAAGAAUGGGGUGAACCUGGAAACUGUGAUGCAGGCGAUUUAUGUUCAUAUUGCCAUACUAGGACAGAACAACAAUUUCAUCCUGAGAUUUAUAAAAGUACAAAAUGCAAUGAUGUGCAACAGUCAGGCUACUGCCCUAGGGGAGUUUUCUGUGCUUUUGCUCAUGUUGAACAAGAAUUAGGUGUUUCAAGAGAUACUGGGGAAAGUGGCACAAAUCUAGCAGAUAUAUUAUCAAAUGUUCUUCCCCAAACAACGGUGGAUUUAAAACUCAAAGAAAAAAGCAGUGAUAGUUCUAACGGUUGUAGCGAGGUAAGCGAGUCGUCAUCAACAUCAUCAGAAAUAGGCAAUUCCAUAAGCAAUUUAAAUAAUAGUCUAAAUGCUAGUGCCACUAGCACAACAAGUACAAGUAAAGCCCCAGGAUCUCAACUUACUCAUAAACAUGUCCCCUUCCGGGGUGGACCUACAAUAGGAAUGGAAUUGACAAAUAAAUUGUUAGCAAUAGAAAAAGAUCCUACUUUAGAUUCUUUGGAGAGAGAACAAAGGAAACAAACAUUAUGCUUUGCCGCUUAUAGUAGUAUAGGAAGCUCAUUUUUCAGUAGAGGAAAUGAUACUGUAGGGAAUGUAGAAAGCUUAGUUGGUAAUGCAUUAGAUGACCUAAACUUAGAAGAUUCUUUAAAUCUAUCGGGAGCACUAGAUCGUGACCUAGAUACCGACUCACCAACCGUUUCGAAUUCAAUCUCAGUGGGAUUGACCUCUUCGGGUCUUCUAGGCAGUUCAGCCCCAGUCAACAUUCCUGGCUCGACGCGUGCCGGUCUCGGAGGUUUCAGCCCGCAAGGAAACAGCCCCAUGCAGACGUUUCUAUCGGCAGCUAGGUUUUCUCAGCCCGACAUUGAUUUUUUGAAUCACUCACAGAUGCAGUUGAGUUCUAGUGCUUCGAAGAUCAAUAACUAUUCUGGCUUCUUCGAUUUUCAGUCACAGAGUAUAUCGCCCAAUAAUAGGAAUCACAAUAAUUUUAGUAGCAUGUCACCUAGUAUUAAUAGCAAUUUGGAAGUUGUCAGGUUAAGAGAUGAAAUAGCCACAUACAGGUUACAGUUAAGCAAUAGCGAGGAACGAUGUCAACAAGUAAGGAAUGCGUGUGAUAUGUGGCAGAGGGAGGCAGAGGAUGCUACUAGGAAGGCCCAGCAGGUCGAAAACAAAUUUAGCGAAACUAUGACUCAAUUUAAUAGCCUUAAGCAAGAACUCGAACAAUUGCAGGGUGGACCACAUAUUAGGAGUAUCACUAAGGUAUCAGAAUUGAGUAAGUUAUCUCUUAGCGUGCUGAAAACUCUACAUGCACAACUUAGACAAGAUCUUGAAGAAAUAGAAAAAGUUUUAUAUAGAGAAACAGCUUCUAAAUGUAUGGUAUGUGAAGAAAAAAAUAGGACAGUAACUUUAAGUUGCAAUCAUUUCGUUUUAUGCGACACGUGCUCUAGUACUCAAAGCGAGUGUCCAUACUGUCAGACACCCAUCAACCUCAACAACAUGUGA